AUGUAUCACCCAUUAGAUCGAGGCGAUGGAGGAGAACCGAGUGACGACCCACAGCCUCGCGGUCGUUUUCGUAUACACCCGAUCUCAUCACGCUUCGUACCACCGCCUGCACUUUCUCCUGCGGAACCCGACGAACGUACACGCCUUCUGAGUGGAAUAAGGCCGACCAGAAAGCAGGUUUCCGAAUGGACGGACGUUGGUUGGAAGCGUGCACUGUUGUUGAACGUAUUUCCCGUCGCAGUGGUGCUAGCUUGGUGUGCUGUUCCCUUUCCCACUUAUGAUUCCAAUAAUGAUCCCAUCGGUGAUGUCAAAACUCUGGUGAAUUUGAUGGGCUCGGCGGAUUCAAACGACACGGAUACACAUGACAAUAAACCCGUGGAAAUUAAUUUUUGGUUUUUUCUAUUUUUCUAUUAUGGAUUUUACAACGCCGUGGCACUAUUGAUGAUCACAAAAAUAUUUGACCUGUACUCUUUGAAUUGGUGGCCGGCACGGUUGGGUGGGGGUUUCGCAUACUGUGUAUUUUGGCUUUCCUCGCUUUUUCUCGGGGUGCUCAUCUAUCUUUACACGGGCUUGGAAAAAUUUAAUUUGACAUGGGUUCUGCUUACCUUCAUCACGAUGAACAUGCCACUAUUGGUAGCCUUCAUCGUCAUCCGUUCGCAGAAUAGAAACACCUACCGUCACUCUUUGACUGAGCUUCAAAAAACUUUUCUUGAGCGCGAAUUGCAAUACCGCGUACCUUCGUCUUACGUUCGAUUCCUGUGGUUCUGUGUCUCCAUAUCCAUCGUGAUUGGCGCAUUCAUUGCCGGUGAGGCUUACGCAUAUGUGUUCGUGACAACUCCAUCGGCGCACACUGGGAUAGACGCAUUCGUCUAUGUGUAUUCUUGGCUCGCAACUGUUUAUAUCCUCGACACUGUCACCGAAUAUAUUAUCGAAACCCGGGUCAAAUCCUAUCCUCUUCAAUUCACCUUCAAGCUUUACUUUUACAUGAUCUAUUUUAUCUUCUAUCGCAAUCUUUUCGCCAGACUUCGUAAUCGGAAGCAGUACGUCUUAAUUCAGGCCGCUAGUUCUCUGUGGGACUAUGAACAAUAUAAAAAACAAUGUGGGCGAUCAUUCUUCAUCAGGAAUUUGGCGGAAAAUGCGACAAUGUUGGGUUUCAUUUGUUGGAUAUGGAUAAUACGUUUUGGUCCAAACUAUGAUGUAUACCCCUACUUUAAGUUUAACGAGGUGGGAAAUGAGUUCAACUUUGACCUGACCUUACAGGCGAGUUGCGUCAUUUGGGCAUUUGAACUUGUCAGUAAUGCAAUCACGCGAUUGACAUAUCGUAAAAUGUUCAAGCAUAACAUUUCAAAAGAGGCGGUUGAGGACUUUAAGACAUACCCGGAGAUGAUAGUAGCAUUGAUCGUGAUUAUCAUACAUGUGCUUCAGGAUAUGUUGAUGGCAUUACUCAGUUUACACUUUAAAGGUGAUCAUCUCGUGAAGAAUGGGCUGGACCAUAUUCAAUCGUAUGGAACGUAA